GUGGGGCUGGUGGACUUGGACAUUUGUGGACCAAGUGUACCCAAGCUAAUGGCUGUUGAAGAACAACAAGUCAUUAACUCACCAUAUGGAUGGACACCUGAUAAUAUGGCGUGGACCGCGGAAAACAGGUCUAAUCAAGCAGUUUAUGAAGGACACAUUUUGGGGUCGGCUCGACUUUCUUUUAUUUGACACACCACCCGGAACAUCAGAUGAGCAUCUUACUGUUGUCAAAGCAUUAAAAAACGUCAAUCCUGAUGGAGCUGUCGUCGUUACGACGCCUCAAGAGGUUGCGUUGGCAACGAUCCGCAAAGAGCUGAAUUUUUGCCGAAAGAUGGACCUUACGGUGUUGGGGAUCCUGGAAAAUAUGAGUGGCUUUGUUUGUCCAUACUGUCAGGAAUGUUCAAACCUGUUUUCUUCUGGUGGCGCUGACAGGCUUGCAAGUGAAAAUGGUCUUCGUUUCCUUGGAAAAAUCCCGCUAGAUCAGAACUUGUGCGUUUGUUGUGAACAAGGUUCGAACAUUUUCGAAUCAUUCCCAGAAUCACCCGCGGGAACAGCACUACAGUCUCUGGCAUCUGAGUUAAUUAGAACGUUGAAACCGGAAGUAAUGUCAUCAUAACGAACUUCGUCCUCUCUGGUGGUAACUGGUCGUUUAUCCUUUGAAAUCCAGUAAUCUGAAAUCCUUUGAGACUCAGUAUUGAUAUUAUAGAGCUGUGAGAGCUAAUACAACAUGAGAGACAAAAUCAAAACGCGGAACGUGACUUUGGUUUCGUCACGCAAUCUGGAUAGAACGCGUUGUAACAAAACAACGGCUUCCGAGGACCAAAAUUUGUGAAUGACAAGCAGAAGGAGAACUUCAGGAUAUGAUUUAAUUUGCAAUUUGAUGGGGAUCUAAGAGAUUUUGACAAUAUUUUAGACACGAAUAAUACCAAAAUUCUGGUAGAAUAAACAGUUUGUUUAUAUUUUUAAUUUAUUUAAAAAGCCCUGCGAAAAUGUCACGUUUGAAGAUACUGUUUUAUAAAUUAUGUAUAUGGUAUAAGGUCAGUGGUUCGAAUCCCGUACAGGCCUGAUUUUUUUCAGGUCUGAUUUUCGCUAUUGUAUAAAUAGCGCUCUU